CCAUUACAUUUGUCAGGACAUCAUUACUCAGUUUCUGCAGUGUCAUUUGGAAGUAAAACCAAUCCACUUCUUGUCUGCUCUGCUUCUCGUGAACGUGUGAUAGUGUGGAAUCUUGAUGAAUGCGCACAGAAAAUACAGGAAGGGUUAACACCUCGAGGAAUUGUUACAGGAACUCUUUUGGGAAUGGUGCUUCAUGUACGAUUUAGUCCGGGUGAUCAACAAGUGGCAGUAUGUGCUGGAAAUCGGAUCUACAUGUCAAGUGCAAAGAAAGAAGCUAUACUAGCUGAAUUGGAUGGUCACCUGGCUCCAGUGACUGCUGCUGAGUUUUGCACACGGGAGAAAAGUAUGCUUAUAUCUGUGUCAGAGGACAGAACCUUUAAGGUGUGGAACUUUUCUACCAGCCAGUUGAUAUAUCAGUCAGGAGUAUUAACAGCAUUUCCUUUGCUAAGUCUGCUAAUCAAUGAAGAAAAUAAACAGAUUAUCACUGGAUGUACUGAGGGACAGCUUUGGAUCUUCAGUUUAAUAAUUGAUCAUAAUUAUGUGGCACAUGUCAACUUAAAGAAAGAGCAAGAGAAUUUCUGCAAUAAAACGUGGAAAUCUGGAAAAGAAAGAGCUGAAGGGCAAAAUACUUCUGAGCUCUGCAAAACAAAGAACAUGAGACCAGAAGGAUCAGUGGAAACAUCAUUGCCUAUCCUCUUAAUUGAACACUGUGACUUUUUAGUAUGUUCCCAUAAUGAAGAAAACAUAUCUUCUGCCCUGAAUACUAGCUAUUUUUGGAUAGGAAGCUCUACUGGCUUGUUAGUAAUUAAUAUGGCAAACUUUGAAUUAGAAGGUUUUUUUACCUUUAAAGACUGUAGUGACCUCAGAAUUCAGUUUGCCAGAUCGUGUGCAUUAACAAGGAAGGCAAUUAAUGGAAAUGUUUUAUGCUUGAUCACCUCCAUGUUUGAAGAUACAAUUGCUGUGUUAGAAAUUAACCUUGCUGCAUUGGUGAGAACUCAGCAGAGUGGUUUUCUCCUGUGUAGAAACAAAAGCAGUCUAUCGGUUAUUGCCAGGCGUUCUUUAUUGUCGAAUUCUCCAUUGCAUAAGUGUUUAAAGAAAAACUUGAAAAAACAUUCCAGUAAAACACUUGGAGCGAAAAGCAUGAGGAAAGAUCAGCCAUUGGUUUUCCAUAAUAAAAUAAAGUCGUCAGGAUAUACAGCAGCACCACAGAUGACCAUGUUUUCUCCAAAUAGCAAACUGAAGAAAAAUGAAAUAUCAAAGUGGAAGACCAGUUAUGCUCAGGAGAUUAAUGAAGGAGAUGUUCAGACAUUCUUCUUUACAGGUGAUGGCAAGAUGCUGGCUUAUGGCCUGGCUGACAGCUCUGUACUGAUAUUCAAUUCCAAUCUAACUGAUACCCGUAAUGUUUUUUCAGGCCAUGAUGGUGCAGUUAACUGUCUUGGCUGGAGUCAUGACAAGAAGUGGCUAGUUUCUGCAGCAGAAGACAGAACUUUAUGGGUCUGGUCAGUCUGCAAUAAUGAACCUGCCCUAAUUCUGGGCAAAGAAAAGUUCCAUAAGACUGUAUGCUUUGCACAGUUUUAUUUUAUAGAUGCAUUUAUAUUGCUGUGUUGUGGAGCAGAAUUUCAACUAUUAAGUUUCCAUCUAGACACAACCAAGGAUGACCUCAAAUGAUACAAACAGAGAAGUGUUUGCAAAUUGGUACAGAAAUUUCCCAUGGCUUCAACAAUGGAGAUUACCAGCCUUUCAGCAGUAAAUGAUUUCUACUCUUAUAUUGUGCUUACAGCUGGCAGCAACUGGGCAUUGGAAAUUUUUGAUCUCAAUGCAGCCUGCAGUGCAGCAGUGAUACCAGAAGCUCAUACUAGAUCAGUUCAUCAGAUUUGCCAAAAUAAG